CCUCAACCCCGGCUGUUAGUGCUGUGUGAGUGCGUGUGUGCUCCUGAGCUCGCUCGGCACACAUUAUAAAAAAAAAUAAAAAAACAAAAAAAAAUUCAAAACAUAAAAUACCAAAAAAUCAUUUUUUUUUCUUUAAGUAACAAAGUCGGUGAAGCUGGAGCAGGCAUUCGAGGACUGGACGGUAACGUACAAGAAAGUGCAGCAAAACGUUAUAUAUCGAAAUUCAGCCGACGUGUUUCUGGUUCCGAAGCGACGAACAGUUUUUAUUUUAACAUCUGCAUCUGAUUUUAACAUCUGUUUUAACCCCAUUUGAAACGUGUCAGUUGAAAACAUUAAUUUUAGGGGUUUCACUUGGUGACGGUUGCUACGGGAUCCAUCAGCAUUCUGAAGCGACGUUACAAACGUUAACGGCAGCACACAUUCUGUCGCCGCAAACUUUUUCCCCGUUUCAAAUUGAAGCUUUGUCCGAGUAUUUACGAGUCACCACAGCCAACGAGAAUGAACCCCAGUGCUCCCAGUUACCCCAUGGCCUCCCUUUACGUCGGGGAUCUGCAUCAAGAUGUGACUGAGGCCAUGCUUUACGAGAAAUUCAGCCCAGCCGGAGCCAUCCUGUCGAUACGAGUGUGCAGGGACAUGAUCACCCGGCGCUCUCUUGGAUACGCCUAUGUCAACUUUCAACAACCAGCGGACGCCGAGCGAGCACUGGACACCAUGAACUUCGAUGUGAUCAAGGGGCGGCCUGUGCGCAUCAUGUGGUCGCAGCGUGAUCCAUCACUGAGGAAAAGUGGAGUGGGAAACAUCUUUAUCAAGAAUCUUGACAAGUCCAUUGACAACAAGGCUCUGUAUGACACCUUCUCUGCUUUUGGAAACAUCCUGUCCUGUAAGGUGGUCUGUGAUGAAAAUGGCUCUAAAGGCUACGGCUUUGUGCAUUUUGAGACUCAGGAGGCCGCCGAACGAGCCAUUGAGAAAAUGAAUGGCAUGCUUCUCAAUGACAGGAAAGUAUUUGUUGGCCGCUUCAAAUCUCGCAAAGAGCGCGAGGCUGAGCUGGGUGCCCGAGCCAAGGAGUUCACAAAUGUCUAUGUUAAAAACUUUGGAGAGGACAUGGAUGAUGAAAAGCUGAGGGAAAUCUUCAAUAAAUAUGGACACGCCAUGAGUAUUCGUGUAAUGACAGAUGACAAUGGAAAAUCUAGAGGCUUUGGGUUUGUCAGCUUUGAGAGGCACGAGGAUGCCCAGAAGGCAGUGGACGAGAUGAACGGGAAGGAGAUGAACGGCAAGCUGAUCUACGUUGGCCGAGCCCAGAAGAAGGUGGAGCGCCAGACGGAACUUAAGCGCAAGUUUGAGCAAAUGAAACAAGACCGCAUGACUCGCUACCAGGGUGUCAACUUGUAUGUGAAGAACCUUGACGAUGGAAUUGAUGAUGAACGUCUUAGAAAGGAGUUCACGCCAUUCGGCACCAUUACCAGUGCCAAGGUCAUGAUGGAGGGUGGGCGCAGCAAAGGAUUCGGCUUUGUCUGCUUCUCGUCCCCAGAGGAAGCCACCAAAGCGGUGACAGAAAUGAACGGGCGCAUUGUAGCCACCAAGCCGUUGUAUGUUGCCCUGGCCCAGCGCAAAGAGGAGCGACAAGCCCACCUCACCAACCAGUACAUGCAGCGCAUGGCCAGUGUGCGUGCAGUGCCAAACCCAGUCAUCAACCCCUACCAACCAGCCCCACCCUCUGGAUACUUCAUGGCAGCCAUACCUCAGGCCCAGAACCGUGCUGCUUACUAUCCAGCUGCUGGGCAGAUGGCCCAGAUCCGCCCAAGCCCACGCUGGGCCACCCAAGGUGUCCGGCCUCAACACUUCCAGAACAUGCCAGGGACCAUGCGUCCCUCAGGACCCCGCCCACAGACCUAUGGGGCCAUGAGACCUACCUCUCAGGUGCCCCGCAUGAUGUCCACUCAACGUGUCGCAGCUCAGACGAUGGGUCCCCGACCAGCUACUGCAGCUGCUGCAGCAGCCGCCCCUGUGCGUGGAGUCCCUCAGUACAAGUACGCUGCAGGUGUCCGCAACCCAACCCAGCACAUGACUUCUCAGCCACAAGUCAACAUGCAGCAGCCUGCUGUCCAUGUGCAGGGACAGGAGCCUCUGACUGCCUCCAUGCUUGCUGCUGCUCCACCACAGGAACAGAAGCAGAUGCUGGGUGAGCGUUUGUUCCCAAUGAUCCAGAAUAUGCACCCCAGCCUGGCAGGGAAGAUCACUGGCAUGCUCCUGGAGAUUGACAACUCAGAGCUGCUUCACAUGCUGGAGUCCCCAGAGUCUCUCCGUUCAAAGGUGGAUGAGGCUGUGGCUGUCCUUCAGGCACACCAGGCCAAAGAGGCUGCCCAGAAGACUGUGACAAAUUCAACUGGUGUCCCAAGUGUCUGAAUCCAAGGAGUGGUGAACGUUGAGAGACUAGAUUCACCGAUGGACAAAAGAAUUUAAAUGAGAAAAAGUGAAAAACGCCUAAAACAAAGUAAAAAGAAGUUAAAUAAUAUAAUAAAAACCGAAUGGAAACAAGUCUCCAGUCAGGCCUGAAAUGAACAGGCCUGAUUUGUUGAGUUAAAAAGAAAAUACACAAAAAAAUAGAAAAGUUCCAAUAGAAAAUGAUCAAUAUAUGAAGGGUUUUAAAGGAGAAUUCUGUGAAAAAUAAGACUGACAGCAUUCCUUUCUUUCUUCCAUUUUAUCCCUUUUAAAUGUUUGAAUGUUUGGGCUGUAGAGGCCUGUUGUGGAAUUUCCCUUGACCUUGCUUGCUUGAAUAAAAAUUUUAAAAUUA